AUGCCAGUCAAAAGAACCAGAGUUGUGUGCGAUGCUGAACAACAUGAUCAACAGGAGGCUGCAGGAAACUUGACCAUGAUUGACCACAAUGGGCGUGCGCCGCUCCACAAGGCGGCCAUGUUGGAUGAUAUUCCUCUGUUGGAUGUCCUGCAGCUGUACGGUGGUGCCAGCAGUGCAACAAUCGACGGAGCCCGUGAUGCCGACGGCUUUACCGCUCUCAUGCAGGCUCUGUUGCUGAAUAAUACCGCGGCGUCGGACUGGUUGCUUUCCAACGGUGCCGGCGUGACCCAGACGGACCUUGACGUACUGGAAAGCCGGGGUGUGGCUACGCAGGACUUCCAACGGUUAUUGCGCGUGACCACGGACUGCUUCCUAGCCACGUGCCUAGGUUUCCAGCCCCAUGCCUACUACCACGCUGUACGUGUUCUCAACGACGACAACAGCCACCCAGUCGAGCACCACGACGGUGACAGCCACUGUCACCAGCACCUUCACCACGACAUAGUCUGGAUAUGCCGGGAUACUCUUCCGGGCCCUGACGCAGCACGUGUUCACCGUGAGACCAAUGUGGACGAUCCUGCUGCCCGACGGAGCUUCACGCCAUGGUCUUUCUACAUCAAGGACAACUACAUGUGUCCUCUGGUCAUAUGCGCCGUCGUGGGUUUCACGGCGCCUGGCGUCAAAGGCGGCAAGUCUGGCGUGAGCGCAUCCGCCGCCGACGAGAGCUUGGGGCUCAAAUGCAGGUGGAGCCAGCGCGUCAAGGAGCUGGAGGCAAAGGCCGUCGACGACCGCCUCCAAAAGUCGACGUCCUCCGCCCAGGUCGAUGUCAUCAGCAUUUUCUAUUUACACUUCCGCUGGCUUAGCUACAUUGUCUAUAACAAGAUGCGGGACGCUUCGAUCGGCAUGUACAGGCUCUUGGAGCUCGCGACCUCUCAGAGUGAUGCACUGCUAGCCGUGGUUCAAGCUUAUGCUGGAGGGCUCAAGCCGGAUUGUGCGACGCAGACAUUCGAUGGCACUCUUUGCACUCCGAUACCAAGUUGCCACGGCACGAGGCGGACGCGUCCACAGAUGCAACCAAGCGAUGCCGCAAGGAAAACCGGCAGCGUGUCUGGAAAUUCUUCUUCUUCGCAGCGGAGCCUGUCGUCUUUGUCGCCUGAGGAGCGAGAGUUGGCCAACGAGUUGAGGUCACGGCAGCUCUCACUGGCGGGUUUGCAGAGCGGUAGUACAAGCAGCAGCGGGUCGGAGCCCCGAGACCAGCUGCAAGCUGCGGAGGCGGCGGAGCGAGCAGUGGAAGCAGCGAGAUCCUCCCAGGAAACUGCCGCUGCUUCCGCAAAAAAUGGGCACUCGGACAAGAAGAGCCGAUCUCAAGACAGCGGCAGCAAUAGCCAGGUGCAGCGCAGGAGUCAGAGCGAGAACGUCGGCACAGAAAGCUCAACUUCUGAAACUGGGCAGUCUCGAGAUGGUCCGCUCGUUAGCGACUUGCUAGCCAAAGUUCGAGCUCUUGAAGCUGCCUUGCUGGAACGAGAUGCGCAAGCUGCAAAGAUGAUAGUGGACUGUACAAACAUCGACAGCCUGAAUCAAGAACGGCUGCUGGACAUCCAGGCGAAGCUGGCGGCUGCUGUCAGUGCCAGGAAGGUGGCAGAAGACGAGCGGGAUGUCAUGGAAGUGAAGGCUGCCGGGGACAAGGCGAAAAACGCAUCGUCCUUGGCAGCUGCGAAAGCAGAACAGCUUCAGUUCCGAGAGAUGCAUCGGAAGACCGAAGCGAAAUCUGAAGAGAUCAACACGGAGCUCGAAACAGCUCGGCAUGAUCUCCACCAGUCGAAGCAGCGGGCAGACAUUGAGACCCAGCACCAGGCAAAGUCACAACAGCUCAGCGAUGCUCGCAUUGAAGAGUUGGAGGCUUUGUUGACGAAGGCGAAUGAUCAGCUUGCGCAGAUGAGACGCGAAAGAUCCGGCAGCUCAACCACUUCAAGCGAGCGUGAGGCGGUCCUACAAAGCCAAAUUGAUGAUCUCGUAGCGGAGAGGCUCUCUCUGCAUUGGAUCAAGGCCCAGCACCGGGGCCCCGCCAAGGAGCAGUCAGGUCACGAGGAGGUCCAAAAGGAGGUCGAGGAGGACGAGGAGGAGGACGGCGCCGAGUCACUGCCUGCACGAGGGGAUGAGUCGGCUGCCAGCGAGGGCGCGAGCAGCGACUGUGGAGACCUGGACAGCAUCACGAAUCCGGACCAAUCUGCCCACAGCGAGCUCUUGAACAAGCUGCUGUCUGAGUUGUCUUCGGAGCGGAGGGCGCAGCAAGAACUGCGUGAUGACCAUGCUGGCCAGAAUGCCGAGCAGAAAGAGCAGAUAGCUCAGCUGAAACGGCAACUCCUAGACGCAGGACUUCUACAGGAAUCGACAGUAGCGGAAAACUCUCGGUUGCGCAAGGUGGGCCACCAGGAUAAGCUCAAGCAGCUUCAGCAAGUUGACGACUUGCAGGUGAAAGUUAGAGACUUGGAGGAAACACUGCGAGGUCAGUUUGCAGAGAUGAAGGUUCAGACAGACAGGGAGGAGGCGCGAGAUCUUCUCAACACCGGUUUGCAGGAGAAAGUACAGAUGCAAACAGAGUCGCUUCGAAUCGCUAGCUUGCGACUGCAAGAUUCUCUACAGCAGCACCAGCGGGAGGCACUACGUCAACUGCAGGAAGUGAACUCCUUGAAGCUGCAGCUGGCACUGGAACGCAAGCGACAUGCGGGUCGCGGAUCGGAGUCGCUGCAAGAUGAAGGAGAAGGAGAUGAGCAGCCGGAGGCAGCGCUUUGUCAGCGAGUGAAGGAGCUAGAGGAAGAGCGGAACCUGCUGCUUAGCAAAAUAGAGGUUCAGGAGGUGCACCACCAGGUGCAGCUGGAAGAUGCAUACCGCGACCAUGCUUCCAGACUGCAGGAACAGCGAACGAAAUUCGAGGAGCAGAUCGCAGAGAUUCGUUCCCGAUACGAGCAGGUGAUCCGGCAGCAACCGUUUCAAGUCGCUCCAGAGGAGUUCCAUAUCCCAGCUCCGGACCUGAGUUGCUUGAGGUCCCCUGCAAGGCCAGCUUCUGGCCUAGAGGAGGAUCCAUCAGAAAAGAAGAGCGCCGUUGGAGUUGCCAGUGAUGUCAGCACACCGGCAUCGCAGAGCACAGGCGGCACAGUUGGCACUUCCAUCUCGGAGCAGGUCCGCGGCAUGGUGUGGGCUGUGUUGGGGUUGAUUCCUGAUGCUGUGGCACUUCAGUGCUCCUUUGAAGACCUGGCCAUCCAGAAGGCUACCGCCAGAGCAGGUGCUAUCUUCAGCGGUCUGGACCUGAUUGGCAUGUCCUUUUUCGCCUUGCUCCGCGAGAAGAGCAAUGCCGCAGUGGUGAGGAGAAUGAUGCUUGUGAACCAAUCCAUGGCAGACAGCAGUCAGUCUGAGAUCCCUUCCUUCAUCUCUAAAACGCUUGGCAGAUUUGGGUUGCUUGGGAUCGCUGGGCAGGUCCUGGAUGUAGUCUUAUCUAUGGCUCAUUUACCCGCUACCUCUGCGAGUGCUUCUGGUCCGGAUGGUCGCCACGUCAUCGUGGUCAUCUCUGAGCAACAACAGAAGCGUCGCGGAGAAGUCUCUGUAGCCAGCAGCGAUGUUUGCCCCAGUGACAGCGUGAGUGUAGGCAAACGUCGGCCUCCCUUCGGCGGCUCCCUACAGAGAGCCAGUCUGAGGGCCUCUUUCUUCAAGGCGGACUCAAGGAUCUCUUCUGCCUCCUCUGAGCAUGCCUCCCCGCGAAACUCGCUGGCCGCUGACUGA